AUGCUAGUAUAAUGGCUCUCCAUGAUGCCUUUCGCAGCGCUCUCCAAAAGCGCCAGUCCAAAUCGUCUCGUCGCCAAUUGACUCUCCGUGCUCCCAAUGCCAUCGAUUUCUCCUCGAAUGACUUUCUCUCGCUGUCGACUUCUCCUCUCUUCCGCGAGAGAUUCCUCUCUCUUCUGAACCAAGCUCCGCCAAAUUACCCAUUCGCCAGCGGCGGCUCACGCCUCCUCGACGGCAAUUCCUCCUUCACAGAGGGACUCGAACACUUCAUCGCGAACUUCCACAACGCACCAACCGGCCUCCUCUUCAAUUCCGGCUUCGACGCAAACGUAGGCGUUCUCUCGUCCAUCCCUCAGCCCGGCGACGGCAUCCUGUACGAUGAACAUAUUCACGCCAGCGCGCACGAGGGAAUGCGGUUAUCCCGCGUGGGAUGGCGGGAAUCCUUCUCGCAUAGCUGUCCGGUGAGUCUGAGGCAGAAAUUGGAGGAGCGGGUACGGCGGGAUCCCGGGAUCGCGAGUGGGGAGAGGAAUGUGUUUGUUGCGUUUGAGAGUGUUUAUAGUAUGGAUGGGGAUGUUGCGCCGAUAAGGGAGAUUGUGCGUGUUGUUGAUGAGUUGUUGCCAGCUGGGAAUGCAUAUUUUCUUGUUGACGAGGCGCAUGCUACGGGGGUUUUGGGGCCGAGGGGGGCGGGUGUUGUGCAGGAGUUGGGGCUUGAGGAGAGGAUGUUGGUGAGGGUGCAUACGUUUGGGAAAGCGUUGGCUAGUCAUGGAGCGAUUGUGUUGUGCUCGCCGGAUACUCGCGAUUACCUGAUCAACUAUGCUCGCAGUCUGAUCUAUACCACGGCCCUGGGAUAUCCAUAUCUCGCUUCUAUCCGUGCAGCCUACGAGCUACUGUCAGAGGGACAUGUCGAACCACACCGCCAAACCCUCCAACACCUCAUUCACCACAUCCGCCAACUUCUCCUCAACCUAAACCCCGGACACUUCCAACUCGACCACUCGCCUUCAUCGCCCAUUCUCUCCCUCCGCACUCUGUAUCCCCGACAACUAGCGGAUGUUUGUCAGAAAGCGGGGUUUGUUGUGAGGGCAAUCAUGGCUCCGACGGUGCCGAAGGGACAGGAGAGGGUUAGGGUGUGUGUGCAUGCUGGGAAUACGGAGGAGGAGAUUGAGGGGUUGGUGGGAGUUAUUAAGAGAUGGAUGGGUGGGAAGUUAUGAGCAACAAUGUAUCUGCUAGGUUUUACCUAUUGGCAUUCUUGAAGUCUUUAAUAGGCACAAAUGACGAUGACACCAUGGUCAAUCCAUUUGUCUAGAAUGAUAUACUUUGCUGAA